AUGCCGAUCGCGUUCGAGGGCGGGCGCCGGGGUGGUGACGCCAGCUUCGGCCGCCGGGGCCAGUGCCACGCGACGGCGGCGGCGGGGGCGUGCGGCGGCUCGUCAUCGUCGGGGCGGGGCAGCGACAGCCGGGCGGCAGUGGUUCAGUGGGAUGAGGGGGACGACAACGGCGACGGGGAGGUGCAGAGCUCGUACAGGGGACCCUUCGACACAAUGGACGCGCUCCAGGAUGCACUGCCCAACAACAGGAGAGGAGUAUCCAAAUUCUACAAUGGCAAGUCAAGUUCUGUGCUGGAUGUUGCAGACGCUGUAUCCUCACCUCAACCUGCAAAAAGCCUUGCCAAUCCUGGAAAUCCAUCCCCUAAGAAGCGCAAGGGUUUUCUUCCAUUCGGUUUCAGCUGGAACAAGUCACGGAGUAAAGAGUCAAUUUCCAGAGGUGGUGUCACCAACAGCCCAAAGAGUUGCAGGAAGACAUUAUCUCCGGCUGUUACAAGCUGCAAUCCACGCAGCAGCCGGAGCAACAAUGAGCACGAGCACUGUCAAGACCCCCCUCGCCAUUGCCUGCAGAGAGGACACAAUGCAAUGGGUGCCUCUGCUUCUCCACCUACUGCUGCGCUUCGAUCUCAGUUGGUCUCAGUCCAGAUGCAGUCAGUUUCUGUGGCAGGUGUGCAGGAUGUGUCAGAGUCCACCACAUCGGUUUCUCCUAGAGAGAAGCGCAGGAAGAGUUUGCAGUAGUGACAUUUUCGUCAGUCCAACUCCACCCACUGGUGUCCAAAUUAUACUGGAAUCCAGUAGCCGGUGCUCCCAUAUUCAGUGGGAUGCUUUGUAAGGUUCAAUUGCAGUUGUGUAUAGUGCUAAGUUUCUUCUCCUUAUACAUAAUGGUAGCGAUACCGAACUGGGGAAAGAAGUGUGUUACUUAUUUAUAGGCCAUAUGCGUCGAUUACUCUGAUUGUCUGAGCCUCUGUACGUUAUUGCGCUGUGCUUUUGCCUGCUGAUUCAGCCGUGCUGUUCUUCUCAUUCAUCAACCAGGACCAGGACUCCAGGACUUUCCUGUCUAUGUUCUCGGUAUGGUUGCUC